CGCAGCUCGCGAUAUGGCGCUACGUUCACGCGCCUCCCCGUGUUUCCCGCGAUCCGCCUGUCGGAGUGUCGGCGAUCGACGAAUACCGUGUCAACGAAGUGCGUGCGGCACUCGCGACAGUGGAGUAGCUGGGCUGGGAGUAGUGGUCGUCGCGUUUCUCACGGACGUGUGUCGUGUAGGAGGGGUUCCUGUCGACUCGUGGUUGCGAGUUAGUCAGUCGAAUUCAGUGCGCCCGUGAGAGGUGAUACCGCUGGUGGACGACGUGAUCGGUAGACAAAGUGAUGGCGGCCCUUAAGCGAAUCACCAGCCUGACCAGGGCGCUAGCGACGAUGACGUCCGCCUCGCGGCCCUGCCUCCAGCACGCCACGAGGAAGACUUUCUUCACGUAUGUAAAUGAGCCCUCAAUGCCGAUUCCUGGCAAGGAACCCUGCUGGGUGAAAACCGCCGACGAGGCCAUCGAGCAGGCCGAACUUGACUCAGAUCAGACGGUGUACGUCCAGGGCGCGGCGGCGACACCCGUUGAAUUACUGAGAGCGAUGACCGACUACGGAGUGCGCUGCGAUGUGAGAAACGUCCGUUUGUAUCACAUGCAUCUCGAGGGGCCAGCUCCAUUCGCUAAGCCAGAAAACGCAAAGCACUUCAGAUCCAUCAGUUUGUUUAUUGGUGGCAACGUGCGACCCGCGGUGAACGCAGGCAACGCUGACUGCAUUCCCAUUUUCUUGCACGAAAUUCCGCGUCUCUUCAAAGAGGGCUAUCUUAAACCCGACAUCGCACUCAUUCAUGUGUCUCCACCGGACGAAAAGGGUUACUGCUCUUUUGGCACCAGCGUAGACUGCGCCCGGUCCGCCGUGAGUCAUUCCAAACGUGUCGUAGCCUUAGUCAAUAAGUACAUGCCUAGGACUUUCGGUGACGCUCUCAUUCAUGAGAGCCACUUGGAUUUUGCUGUGGAGCACCACAAACCUUUACCAGUUCAUCCAGUGAAAGCACCCUCCAAGGCUGAGCAGCUGAUCGGUAAGCACAUUGCCGAGAAUCUGGUGGUAGACGGUGCUACGCUACAGCUUGGUAUCGGCAGCAUACCCGAUGCCGUAUUAUCGCUGCUGAGUAAUCACAAGGACCUGGGUAUCCACAGCGAGAUGUUCAGCGAUGGCGUAGUGGACCUUGUGAACAAGGGUUGCAUCACGAACAAUCAGAAGACGAUGCACCGAGGCCGAAUUGUCGGUUCAUUCUGCGUGGGCUCAGAAAAGCUCUACGAAUUUAUGGAUAACAAUCCUUUUAUAGAGAUGCUGGUGGUAGAUUACGUCAAUGAUCCUAGAAUAGUUGCCAAACAACCGAAGAUGACGGCUAUCAAUUCAUGUAUUGAAGUAGAUCUUACCGGUCAGAUCUGUUCGGACAGUAUUGGAACAAGAAUGUACUCCGGUUUCGGUGGACAAUUAGAUUUUAUUACGGGUGCUGCGAUGAGUGAAGAUCGGGAAGGAAAGCCAAUCAUAGCGCUUCAAUCGGUUACCGCUAAGGGCCAUAGUAAAAUACAGCCGGUUCUGACAUUGGGUGCCGGUGUAGUCACAAACAGAGCGGUGGUGCGAUAUGUCGUGACGGAGCAAGGAAUCGCCAGUUUAUUCGGCAAGAGUCUUCAACAACGUGCGUACGCAUUGAUCCAGGUGGCUCAUCCCGAUCAUAGAGAAGCACUUGAGAAAGGUGCAUUCGAACGCCUAAAAGUGAUGCCUGCCCCUUAAACCGAAAAAAAAACGUGAUAUAGGAAAUCAUAUUUAAUAGCAUUUUACAAUCGGUCACCCUCGUGUGCUUUAGCCACGCACAACGGCCAAUCAUCACAGUGUUGCGAAGUGUCUUCUUCUUGUACUAUAUUGUACGUGCUCUCUUACUGGAAGACAAUUCGCCGGCCUUCUAGAAUCCGCGAGGUAAAGAGUGAGAAAAAAAAUAUACACUAGACCGAAAAGUUAAUGUGCUAAAUUGUAUCAUGUAUGUAAGAGUAAUGCAAGAUUGCACUUGUUUCCAUAUAUACAUAUAUAUUAUACAUAGAUUUAAUUUAAGCCACGUAUUUUAUAUUAUCGCGAAAUGAAACGUGUCUCGAAUGUUUGUGUUUCGAAACACAGACAAUGGCGCAACUCGGAGCCGUUUUUAGAUGUAAACAUUUUUUAUAUUAAAUCUGUCAACGUUCCUUUGUAUUUUCGUGUUACCAUUGUAAUGAUAAAGUUUGAAGUAGUAACACACAGGAAGAAAUAUAUAAGAUGAGGACGCUAA